AUGAUUUGGGCAAAAUCGAUGGGCAAUACAACAAAUCAUUUAUUGUUGUGUGUUAGUCAAUCAUCAAGAAAAACCCAUCGAGAACGACCAUAUGUAUCUCGUCCAUUUUGGCCAUAUGAACAUCACCAUCAUCAUAAUGUGUCAACAAAUAUUUUAGAAAAUUCUCAUGUACGUGAAAUAAGCCCAUUCUGUUCGAUACAUAAAAUUGUUCACGAGAAUACUCAAUCUCGAUCUGUUCAUAUUGUUAAAAUUCCUUUACGCAAUUAA